AUGUUUAAUAUUUUUGUAACAGAAACCUGCCGCAGUAGUGAUCCCACGGCCAGUGGAAACAAUUCACCAGGGACCAGUGUUUGUUCAGACUCUGAACUGCCAUAUAUAUCUUACACUGUAGAUAGACCUAUAGGAGAUUCACCAAAGACAUCAGCAAAGACUCAAAGGUCCACGGACAAAAAAUCAGUAUUGCAACGUAGACAGCUAUCCCUUCAAGCAAGAAAAAAUAAACGGACUAGAGAUAUAGUGGUUGUAAAACCUGCUACAGACUCACAGCUGGAUGAGGACAUCAGAAGACUACAGGAAAUACCAACAUUUCUGCCCAUCAUGAGAGGAACUUUAGGUUUACCUGGUGCUCGAGAUCCUGAAGUUUUAGAAGGGCUGGACUACCGUCCGUGGGUGCGCCUAACGACGCGACUGCAGGCGCACCUGGCGGCGUGUGCGCAGCCGCUCGCCGCAGACGAGAUCAACCUCGCAGCCAGAGUCAAGGAGGCAGACGUGGAAAUCAACCGUCUCUACUCAAUAAUGGUUGAGAAGCAACGAGCGAACGCGCGGCACGCCGAGCGGCUCGCCAGAGUGCACGAAGUCGCACACCAACUCAGUCGAUGCAAUUCGUUACUAAAUCAGACAUUACAAGAUUUCGAGGAACUGAACCAACUAUUACCUGAAGAUAUACGCUUAGAACCUUUUACAUGGAACAAUCAACCUACUACAUAAGCAAUGUAUUAUUUAAACUAUUUUAACAAUUUUCGUUGUGUGUGAAAAAGGAGUAAAAUGAUAUUUGCAGGGUUGCCAGUUUUCAUAAAAUUUUAAAUAGUGUUGUGGUUGUUGUCGAUAGUUUUAUCG